UACGACUGUAGAAUAAAUGAACAGGUUACAGACAAUAAAAAAGAGAAUAAAUAAAUAAAAGCGUUGAUGAAAAACUCGUAUUGAGAAAGAAUACUUCUCUGAAUUCCUUUCCCUUAUUGGUUGAUUUGUACAUCCUUUGAUUGGCCAAGAAUACCUAAACGUGUGGUAUAUAAGGUGAGCAUUACGGUACAUCGAGUCCACUCUCGAUUCGGACGCGGAACAGCGAGCAUCUCCUGCAGCAGCAAGAGUUGGAACGAAGCCCUGCCUCGCACUCCUAUUUAAAGGCGUGCAUCAGUCCAUCGAGCCGACUCUCGAUUCGGACGCGGAACAGCGAGCAUCUCCUGCAGCAGCAAGAGUUGGAACGAAGCCCUGCCUCGCACUCCUAUUUAAAGGCGUGCAUCAGUCCAUCGAGCCCACUCUCGAUUCGGACGCGGAACAGCGAGCAUCUCCUGCAGCAGCAAGAGUUGGAACGAAGCCCUGCCUCGCACUCCUAUUUAAAGGCGUGCAUCAGUCCCUCGAGCCCCACUCUCGAUUCGGACGCGGAACAGCGAGCAUCUCCUGCAGCAGCAAAAGAGUUGGACCGAAGCCCUGCCUCGCAUUCCAGGCGUGCGGCGUAGAAGAACUCGCCGGUGCGGAUAGCCCUCUUUUUCAAGCAGCGCUUUCCUACCACUGUCGAGGCUUCAAGAUGAUGCCAGUUCACGACAAUGGCGCAGUCGGUGGGGACGCUAACCCUCCAGAGAAAAGGGCUGUAAAGGAGAAGCCGACAAAGAAAUCGAAGGAUGAGCUGUCGAAAUCGAAGGAUGAGCUGUCGAAAUCGAAAUCAGAACGAGAAAAAGGUCGGAAAGGGAAGGAGGAAUCGUCUUCGAAGAAAAUGAUGAACGAGCUGUUGAAAGUGAAAGCGGAACUGGAACGAACCCGUAAAGAGAAAGAAGAAUUGAGUCGAAGUUUGGCCGCCACGGGUCAGGACAGGAAUUUCGCCGGAGCAAGGUCGAGUACAAUGCGUGACGAUCUGGUUAAUGGAAACGAAUCAUUGCUCAUGACGAUGAACAACAUGUCGCGCAGCAGUUUGAGUAUUCCGGAAUGCGUGCCAGCAUCCGGUGAUACAGAGCUGAACAAGAGAGUGUACGACCACUGGAAAAAUGUCUUCAACGCUUCAAUGAAUCUCAUCCAAGCAACUGAGGAGACCACCAAAUUUGAUUUGUUCAGAAUCAAAGCAGGACCGUCACUACUGGAGUUGCUUGAGGGUACAUCUACCCAGCCAGGAAUGCCGGACGCAAACUUGCUUCCGUAUUCGAAUGCAAUUGCUAGGCUUGACGGUUACUUUGGCUCGCGAGCGUACAUUCUGUCACAGCGCAGCAAACUUGCGAAUAUGGUGCAGAAAAGUGGUGAAGUUAACAUUGAAUAUGUGAAGAGAGUGUCGGCAGCAUCAAAGCUUUGCAACUACAGAGCGGACGAAGAAUUUGAAGCUAUUUCUCGUACUCUUACCAGAGGAUCGACGGCAAGACUCCGGUACUUGCAUGUUGUGGAAGUCAAAAGCACCGAUGCCAACAGCACGAAUCAAGCGUUAAGCAGAAUAUUUGAGGUGUGGGGUUACCCGUUGGCAAUCUGCAGCGACAAUGGCCCACCAUUCCAGAGCGAAAACUUCGUCAAAACUUGGGAAGACAGAGGCGUCAAGAUCAAAAAGUCCAUCCCAUUGAGUGCCCAAUCGAAUGGGGCGGUAGAACGCCAAAACAAAGGACUCAAGGAUGCCCUUACUGCGGCAAAGGUCGACAACGUCAAUUGGAAGAUAGCCGAGCAUCUCCUGCAGCAGCAAGAGUUGGAACGAAGCCCUGCCUCGCACUCCUAUUUAAAGGCGUGCAUCAGUCCAUCGAGCCCACUCUCGAUUCGGACGCGGAACAGCGAGCAUCUCCUGCAGCAGCAAGAGUUGGAACGAAGCCCUGCCUCGCACUCCUAUUUAAAGGCGUGCAUCAGUCCCUCGAGCCCCACUCUCGAUUCGGACGCGGAACAGCGAGCAUCUCCUGCAGCAGCAAAAGAGUUGGACCGAAGCCCUGCCUCGCAUUCCAGGCGUGCGGCGUAG